CUCUGUCUAAGAGGAACAAGAUGGCGUCGCACAGGAAGGCCCAGACCUACCCAGAUCAUCCGGACCGAUUCCAGUUUAGCCCACAGGUGCUGUGUGAGCAGGGCUUCAGUAGACGCGUUUACUGGGAGGUGGAGCUGGAUCUGAGGCAGACUGACUCUUAUGUUGAUGUUGCGGUAGCUUACAAGAGCAUAACCAGGGGAAAGAAUAUGAGCCAGUGUAAUUUCGGAAAUGUCAAUCGGAAGUCCUGGAGUCUGCAAUGUCAAAAGUUAAUAAGAAUUGGGAGAACCGUGUUCUGGCAUGGCGGCAAAGAGACCAAAAUCUUCUUCGUUCGCACGUCUAGAAUAGGAGUGUAUGUGGAUCACAGGGCAGGAAUUCUGGCCUUCUACAGUGUCGAAGACGAUGGCACAAUGGCCCUUCUACACAGAGUUCAGGCGGAGUUCACGGAACCUCUUCAUCCUGGGUUCCGUGUGAGUCCUCAUGCAUCUGUAGAACUGCUCUGAGGGGGUAUACUAGGAGUGCGUUACAAUAUGCGACCUUGCCUCCUCCAUUUGUGCUUGUGUCCUCGUCCCGCCUCUUGGCCCCUCCUCCGUGGAGAAAAUGAUAAAGUUUCCCAGCUGUCAGCCUAGCCACAACAACUUUUGAGGGACUGUUUUUCAUUCACCAUCCCAAUUGCAAAUGAGAAAAAGACUUUACAAUUGAACUUUUGCAAGAUAUAAUGCUGUUGUCAGUGAUGUCAUCAUGACAUAUUGCUUCCUGGUACGAGGAGACAAGCACAAGUGGAGGAGGCAAGGUCGCAUAUUGGAACACACCCU